AUGGACUCUGUGUGUGAGGAGGUGAAGGAGGAGGAGGAGGAGGAGGAGGAGGAGGAGGAGGAGGAGGAGGUGAAGGAGGAGGAGGAGGAGGAGGAGGAGGAGGAGGAGGAGGAGGAGGAGGAGGAGGAGGUGAAGGAGGAGGAGGAGGCGGAGGUGAAGGAGGAGGAGGAGGAGCAGGAGGAGGAGGUGAAGGAGGAGGAGGAGGAGCAGCGAGACACAGUUAUUGUGGUGGUCCUUGCUGUCGUGUUGGGGCUUGGUCUGCAUAAGGUUCCGGAUGAGGAUUUCAAAAGUACAUUCAUGUCCAAAUGCGAGGAAAAAGAAGGAUACGACUGUGAGAAGACCUGGAGUACCUUCGAGCAGGCCUACGUGGGGAAGGAUCCGUGUCAGGUGCCUCCGGAGUCGUACCAAGCUCUGAUGGAGGUGGUCCCCAUAAAACCUGCCUCGAACCACACGGUGAUGGAGGAGGUGAUGGAGGAGGUGAUGGAGGAGGUGAUGGAGGAGGUGAUGGAGGAGGUGAUGGAGGAGGUGAUGGUGGAAGUGAUGGUGGAGGUGAUGGAGGAGGUGAUGGAGGAGGUGAUGGAGGAGGUGAUGGUGGAGGUGAUGGAGGAGGUGAUGGAGGAGGUGAUGGAGGAGGUGGUGGAGGAGGUGAUGGUGGAGGUGAUGGUGGAGGUGAUGGAGGAGGUGGUAGAGGAGGUGAUGGAGGAGGUGAGGAGGAGGAGGUGA